GCAUCGAUCUGCUGCCCUCGCUGUCCUCGCUGUCCUCGCUUGGCCCGGCCUGGAGCACGCUUGGCCCAGUCCGCCUGAUCCGUUCCCUUCUGCCCUUCUGCCCCGUCCACCCCCGUCCACCCCGUCCACCACCCGUCCAUCGCCAUGCUCGAUGCCCCGCCGCCUCCGUAUCCGGCCGACCCGGCGCCGUCCAUCCAAAUCACCCUCACCGUCAAGAAUGAGUCUCCGCAACCCUCUCGGGCCUCGAUAAAUCGACAGAACCUCGAGCGUCUCCGAAGUGCAAUGACCUCCAUCCACACCACCCAGCAGCAGCUGAUGGGCGUCAUGGCCGACCUCCAGACGCACAUCCAAAAGAUGGAGCCCAUGCUGUCGGAAGUGUGCGAAGCGACUGCUGAACCAUUGCCCAGCAUACACAUCGACUCGAGCAGCACCAACCUCCGGACUCCGCCGAUAGUCGUGCUCGAGCCCAGCGGCACGACCCAGACUCUGACUCCCGAGUCCGCACCCAAGGACGCUUCGCUCUCUGCCGACCACGACCAGGACAACUUUGACUCGAUAUGCCUGAUGCUCGAAAGUCUCCUCAGCUCCGCCAAGACUGCUGUCGAAGCCCCCGUGCCCGACAUUCACGACGACUCGCACGACGACUCGCACGACUCGCACGACGAGGACAAGCCCGAGGAUAUCUUCUGGGAUGUCAGCGAGGAGUACCUGCCCGGCGCCGCCGAUGCCCCCGAGAACUCGAGCGAGCGCAUCGAUUCGCUUGUCGACGAGGUUCUGGAGUCCAUAUCCACGGUCCAUCAAACCUAUCUGGAGCAUCACCCCGUCGCGCCGAGUCGUCCUGACUCCGUGCCGGAUACGCCCAAGGUCAGAAGGUCUCGGUCGAGCACGAUACUGGUGUGGCCCGCAGACGCAGCCGAUGCCCGACUGUCGCCGUCCCGCUCGCCUUCAGUCGGCAGCUCUCCGGCCUCCUCCCAGAAGCGCUAUCCCUUCCGAAACCUGGCCGCAUCUCCCCGAAACUCGCCCCGGCGGAAAACCUUAAUCCAGAACCUAUUCGACCGACCUGCAUCGCCAACAGAGCACAGCGAUCCCCACGACCAGAGCGAUUCGCUGCCUGCCCCCCAGCUCGACGAUUCAGGCUUGUCGAGCUCUGCCCUCAGGUCCUUUGGUCUGUCCAGCUCAGACUCGGGCGUGGCACUGUCGGAUUUGUCCCCGAGUCAAGCCUCUCGACCGGCGUUCUCUCCGAGGUCGCCAGCAACAUCAACGGCUUCCGGCCCUUCGCCGGACACACCGUACUUCCCGUGCACCGAGCAAGUCGGCGCCGGUGUCGGUCUCGGUGUCGGUCUCGCCGGUGGUAUUGCCUUUGCUGCUGACCCCGACCCGGUCCUGGACGAUCAGGAGCCGACCCUGCGCUGCGAGGGCGACGAGCUGCUCGAGCACGAAAACGGCUACGAAAUCGAGCUGGGCCGAGGCGACUUUGGCCGCCUGGUGCUCGACCGGUACUCGGCAAGGGAUUCCAUCAUGCUUUUGUGGGAGAUCCACAUCAGCCUGCUAAUGAUCUUGGUCACGGGCUGCUGGGCAUCGAUCUACCUGUCCUUUGUCCAUGGUAUCUACGCCGACACCAAGACCUGGCCGUGGUGGGGCCGUCCCAGCGACAAGAAGGCGCUGGAAGAGCCUGCGCUGCACAUGCCCGGCUCAUGGGACGCCGGUCCCGCCGGAGCCCUGACCGUCAUCCUCGAAGACGUCGACGACUGAGCGGCCAAUGCAUGCGGCCUGGGCGACGACCGCAGAGACAGCGCCAUUGCCUUCCAGAUCCGCUACUCGCUGCAUAUAACCCAAACCAACUCGGCUGCAUCUGCAAUCCGCCUCCGCUCCUGACGACGACUUCGGGCGCAUCGCUACCGCUCCCUGCACCCGUCGACUGUCCAGACCCUCAAGCGCAUCCACUCUAAUCUCUCUUCCGCUUCCGGGCAUGCUCGUGCAGCCUGAUUUUUGACGCCCCGCCUUUGCCGCUGUCCUCUCAGUAGAAUUCAAUAAACAUCGUUGAUCCUCUCGCUGUGCACGUCCGCUCGCCCAGAGCAAGCCCCAGCCACGUUCGCCCGAUGCCGAUGCAUCCAGCAAGAAUCCAAUUCGCUCCGCGCC